CCGGGAAACUGACUCAAGUACUCUGGAUCAAAUAACUGAUUGAUUAUGCCUCCUUCUUGAUCGAUGGCAAACAAAAGUGGAUACUUGUAGUUUGCUUCGGUGUAAGCGAUGUAUUGUAAGUCUCUGAUCAAUUUUGUCAUUUGUUUGACACUGACGGAGUUCUUUUUGGACAUGAGAAUUGUUGACACUCGGUGUUCCACAAUCAAAUGAUAAGCCUGUGACGUUACUCCCGUUCCUUCAAACCCACCACAUAGAAGCUGGCCAACCGGUAAGUUGGAUUUAUCUCUGGAAGACAUGAGGGACUCAGUACUGGUUCCAAGAUGUUUUUCCUACUGGCUCUAGAUUAAAACGCGAUUUCCUUCCCCAUAUUCAAAAUCCUCAUCAUGCCAUUCUUCAGUAAGUGACCAGUGCAUUUUAUGUUUUAAUAAAUAAACUCCAUACUAACAUGAACGAAGUUCCAUUCUCCAUAAAGAUGGCCAUAACUGCCGGGGCUCUCCUUGGUGGUACCGUGGCCCUUGUAAAUAAUAAGGAAAGAGUACUCGAGUUUGGGGAGAAGUUGUUCCAGGGAGGAGCCGAUUUCUGUAAAGAAAGCCUCGAAAAACACAAACAAGGAAUAGUGUAUGCAGCGGACCUUAGUGACGGCGAACUUGAAGACUACGACUCGGAGUCUGCUACUGACUUGGAAACCUUGUUUUCUAAAAGUGAAAUGACCACACCAGACGCUUCUGACGUGGAAUGGGAACACGAUUUGGAGAUCGACUUGGUCGAUUGAAUACCAUAAACACGUCAAGGAAGGGUAUGGAUCAAAGUGUAUACGGUUAUAUAUUCGGGCAAUAAAAACAAUUCAUAAUCAUAAAUUCACAAUCAAAAGGUCUAGCUCACCACCGCUAAAACUACCACCAAUACAAAUAUACAAAGAGCAACUAGAAGAAUGCAGCUCCAUUUCCCCUUCUUUUUCUGGUACUCGUGAGCCUUUGUGAGCUCGUGUGAUGCCUGUUGGGUGUUUUGUUGGAGGUCAGCAAUGUUGUCUUCGACUAAAUCUAGUUGUUCUCCCUGUUGAUGGAUUAAUGCACCCAAGUCUUUGAAUAUCGUAUUGACUUCCUGGAUUCCUUCGGCCGCCUGUUCUAUCUCCCGGUUUCUCUCUUCGGUCAAAAGCCGAUGGUACUCGAGUUCAGUUUCUUGUAUUAUGUCUUGAUCUUGCACCUGGAGCUGUUGUUGCUGUUGGCUGUGAUACUGGGGUUGUGGGUUGUCUGGGAGUA